AUGUCUGCAGCAUCGAUCUUCACUACUUUGGAAGCCGUCCUCAAGAAGGAGGGAGAGUCCGUCGUCAAGUCUGUCAACGGAAUCUACCAAUUCGAUAUCAACACUGCUGCUGGUCUGAAGUCAUGGGCUGUUGACCUGAAGAAUGGAUCAGGUUCAAUCAAGACUGAGAAGCACCCAAAGCCAGAGUGCACAAUCACAAUGCUCGAGGCUGACUUUAUUGACUUGAUGAGCGGAAAGCUCAAUGGACAGACUGCCUUCAUGCAAAAGAAGUUGAAGAUCCAAGGAAACAUGGCUUUGGCUAUGAAGUUGAACAACAUUGUCAAGAAGCUCAAGGACUCCCCAUCUGGAACUGCUGCUGCCGCCGCUGCUGCACCAGCUGCCCCAGCUGCCCCAGCCGCUGCUGGAAGCCUCGAUGAUGGCACCCCAGUCGGCAAGAUGUUUGCCGAUCUGGCCAAGACUGUCGCUGGCAAGCCAGAGCUUGUCAAGCAGAUCAACGGUGUCUACCAAUUCAACAUCACUGGCGCCGCCGAGAAGACCUACACUGUCGACCUGAAGAACGCCCCAGGCGUCGUCAAGGCUGGUCCACCAACCAAGGCUGACUGCACCAUCACCAUCAAGGACGAGGACUUCCUCAACCUCAUGUCAGGCAAGGUCAACGGACAGGCUCUGUUUGGUCAGCGCAAGCUGAAGAUCGGUGGCAACAUGGGUCUGGCCAUGAAGCUUGGUCAAAUCACCAAGGCCAAGCCAGCUGCCAAGUUGUAA